UACACUGGAAGUGAUUGCAAUGGGGAAGAAAAGUCCAUCAAGGAGUGGAUAACCUCUACCAAAAGGAUGAGACCAUCUCCUGAGAACAUUGCAUCUAUCAAAAUGGGCAUGGAGAAAACCUACACCACCCGGAGACUCUGGAUUACAAGCAAAUCGCCAACCGUGGCUGAGGUUUUCCAGCAGUACCCUCGCUUUGUGGACAUGCCAUACUUGACUGGAACAAGCAUACCAAGCCUUCUAGCGGGAUCUCCUGAGGAAGCAGUGGGAGUCCACCAGCCCAAGCUGGUGUGUUUAGGGCACCCCAGGACAGUUGCUCAGUACGUCAUCAUUGCAAAGAACGACAAUGUCGCCAUCCCCCUUCAAGACGAAGGUUUGACAUGUGCCAUUGACAAACUGUUCAAAGUUUUCUGGGUUUGCAACAUGGCAUAUCCUGCCCAACUCGAAUCAGUCUACAGUUUCCUUGAGUAUGUUUAUGACAUGCCCAUCUCAGGUGGGAAGAGAUCUAAAGUUGUGGAACUUUUUGCAAAGCUCCAGGCAUUAUUGUUGUAAGUUGUACCACCAUGUACAGUUGUCCCAAAUGCAAGAAAUCCAUUUCGAAACAAGUCAGGACACUUAUUAGACAUCUUAGGCAAGUUCAUGCAAUUUCAGAUGGACAGGAUUAUACAAUUGUAUGUAGUCAGAACCACUGUCAAAGAACUUACCAUAACUUUAAUUCUUAUGCCAGACAUCUAAACAGGGAACACACUCAGGUUGCAAACCCAGUAAAUUUGGAACAAAUGGUCAAUUUUGGUAAUGGGUCGGAAGAUGUUUCUACGUCAUGCUCCAACGCAAUGGACACUCCACAAACAGAUUCGGAAACUUCAAUGGAUUGUCAUGUUUCAGACCAUCGUGAGACUGCAGCUUCAUUUGUUGCCAAAAUGUACUGUGCAUCAAAUUCCACCCUAACCGAUGUGCAAAAAAGCAUUGCUUGCACUAAAGAGCUACUGGACAAGACAUUGGACGAUUUAAAGGAUAAAACUGCAUCUGUAAUUGAUAGUUACUCUUUGUCAAAUGAUGACGCUGUCAAAUCUUUAAUGCAGGAUUUUGAAAAUGCACGAAACAUGUUUUCCGAGGUGGAUACUCCCUACAAAAUGUGCAAAUAUUUUUCUGAAAAACACUCUCUUGUGAAGCCCACAGAAAUUUUCUUAGGGUACAGAGGCGACACGGCAAGAAAGCAGGGGAAAUUGACUCAAGUACUGGCUGCAGACACUUGCCAGUAUAUCUCCAUUAUUGACACCAUAAAGUUUCUCUUUAAAAGUGAAAAGAUGCAGAGACUCUCUCAGCAAUCUAAAAAAGGUGUUGAUGGUAAAAUGCAUGAUUAUUGUGAUGGCACACAGUUUGCACAUCAUGCAUUAUACAAUAGAUAUCCUAAUGCCCUACAAAUCCAACUUUAUUUUGAUGACUUAGAAACGACUAAUCCUUUAGGUUCAAAAACCAAAGUUCACAAAAUGGGAGCAGUUUACUUUUGCUUGAGAAACUUGCCCGUGCAAUUCAACUCAUCCCUUGCAAACAUUCACCUUUGUCUACUCUUCAAUGCUAUAGACAGAGAGGUAUAUGGCUUUGGCAAAAUACUAGAGCCUUUGUUGGAUGACAUUCGAUUUCUUGAAACAGAAGGGAUAGAGGUUGAAAUUGCAGGUAAAAGUUCUAGGCUCCAUGGUACUAUCUGCCUCUUAACUGCAGAUAAUCUGGCUUGCCAUUCAAUUGGAGGGUUUUUAGAAAGCUUUUCGGCCAACAAAUUUUGCCAUUUCUGUCUUACCAACAAACAAGCUGCCCAGAAUGUGUUUGAUGAUGAUCACCAGGAGUUUCGUAACAAAGUAAACUAUAGAGAACAUGUAAUGAUGAACAAUCCAACCUUAACUGGAAUCAAAGAGGAUUCCUGUUUAAACUCGCUCAACUACUUUCAUGUGACCGAAAACAUUUGUGUAGACAUAAUGCAUGAUCUUUUGGAGGGUGUGGCUCUAGUUGAAGUGAAAUUGAUGUUAAAACAUUUCAUCUAUUUUGAAAAGCUUUUCACCUUAGAGCAAUUCAAUGACAGACUUUUAAGCUUUGAUUACGGUUUUGCAAAUGAGAAAAACAAACCUAGUGUCAUUCUUAAUUUAAGAACAUCAGAGAAUCCCAUAAAACAAACCGCCAGUCAGAUGUGGUGCCUCUUACUAUUUUUACCCUUUCUAAUAGGAGACUUUAUAAGUGAACAUAAUCAACAUUGGAAAUUGUUCCUUCUCCUUAGAGAAAUUUGUAGCAUUGCAUUUGCCCCUGUUGUUAGCACAGGACUUUCUGUCUUUUUAAAGCAGUUGGUUAUAGAUCACCACAAUUUGUUUAAAAGUCUUUAUCCUGACAGGCCACUCAUCCCAAAACAUCAUUUUAUGACUCACUAUUGGCGAAUGAUGAUAAAGUUUGGCCCACUUUUAAAGUUAUGGUGUAUGAGAUUUGAAAGUAAGCACGGUCCACUGAAAAGGCAUGCCCAUGUUGUGUGUAAUUUCAUAAAUAUUUCAAAAACGUUGGCUUAUAAGACUCAAGUUCAAAGUAUGUUCAAUUGGAAAUAUAAUGAUCCACUAACAAAGAUAAUUACCGUCCCAAACGCUUUCCCAGUCAUGGUUGGAUCUUUGGAAAAAAGUGAUUUGUUCAUUGAAAAUUUGAAAGAACUGGGAUAUGAUGUCAGUACUUGCAGCACAAUUCAUGUGGCUACCUCUGUCUGUGUGCAUGGUCAGAUGUUUAGAACAGGUUCUGUACUUGCUUUAAACUGUGACUACAGAGGCGAGCGCCUUUUUGGAGAGAUUGUACACCUGGUUCCCAAUUGUGAAAAAGAAAGGGUACUCGUUUUUCUUAGGAUUUUAUCUGUGAAAUACUUUGAUAAUCAUUUGUAUUCAUAUGUGGUGGAGCGGAAUGAAGAUUAUGAAAUGAUUAGUCUAAAUGAUAUAGCAGACAUCAGACCACUAGACUUGCUGUCGUCUUACAGUGGAAACCAACUCCACCUAAAUCCUAGAUACAAAUUGAUUGCUUAAAUACGCAUUACUUAAGUGCAAGACCUAUACAAAACCAACAACUCGUAACACCGCAAAAAUGUGAAUGCUGCUUUUCCUGUUUAGUGAUACUGCAGAUUUAUGACGGUGUGGCCUGAUCUUCCCUGCAGCGAUCCUUUUCAGAUUUCAGUUUCAGUAACUUCUUGUUCAGUGAGAUUUUUUUUUCUCAAUUCUUCAAAUGAGUUGUUUAAUUUUAUGUAUUUACUGCAUUUUGUCUAUAAAAAUGUUAGUUUGCAGUGGUCAUUUGGGAAAAACAAAUGUUUUAAUAUGAAAUUAAUGAAAUAAAAUUGUGACCUAAAUGUCUUAGUUGUUUAUUGUGAGUGUUUUAGAGCAUAUUUACCAUGAAAAAAUUGCAUUUUAAGAAUGCUUUUUAGAAAAAGUAUAAAUCUUAUUUUUAACACAUCUUUUGUGUUAAAUUAACACAUCUUUUGGGUUAUUUUAACACAUUGUUAUGUUGAAAUAUAGAACACACAACGUGUGUUAAAUGUUCUGACACACUGGCUGUGUUAAAAGCAACACAGAAUGUGUUGUCCUUAACUAGACACACAGAUGUGUUAAAAAUUAACACAUGAUGUGUUAUUUUUAACACAUCUGUUUUGAG